GAGUCUCGCAGACUCUCUGGUUCAGGAUCAGCAGCAGAGUGAGCCCUCCUGUCCGCCUCCGCUCUCUGCUUUAGUAAACGUGGCCUUAUCUCCGGUACCUCCUCCGGUGUCUCCGGUGUCUCCGGCAGCAGCAGCCGUGGAUGAAUGACCGACACGCGGCUCCAGCCUUCACCUGUCUCCGUCUGUCCGCCUCCUCCGCUCCGCCAGCACCGCCCGCGGUCCCGUGAAGUCUCCCCGUCUCUGUAGAACCAUGUCCGAGGCAGAACCGAUCCCGGCCUCGGCCCCGGAGGCCGCCGCCGUCCUGAACGGCACCGACUCCAACGGUACCGAGGCGCUCAACGCGACCGCCAAGUUCGUGGCCACCCCGGAGGGCACGGCGCUGGCGUACGGCAGCCUGGUGCUCAUGGCGCUGCUGCCCAUCUUCUUCGGGGCCCUGCGGUCCGUGACCUGCUCCAAGUCCAAGGAGCUCGGAGACAAUGAUUACGAUUCUGGGUUCAGAAAUUCAUCAGACAUGCCCGAGACGAUCACCAGCCGGGACGCGGCGAGGUUUCCCAUCAUCGCCAGCUGUACUCUGUUUGGACUCUACCUGUUCUUCAAGGUGUUCUCUCAGGAGUACAUCAACCUGCUGCUGUCUGUCUACUUCUUCGGACUCGGCGUCCUCGCCCUGUCUCACACCAUGAGCCCACUGAUGUCCAGAAUCUUUCCAGAAUCUUUCCCAAACAAACAGUACCAGCUGCUCUUCACUCAGGGCUCCGGAGAGUCCAAAGAAGAAAUCGUCAACUAUGAGUUCGACACUAAGAACUUGGUGUGUCUGCUCAUCAGCAGCGUGGUUGGAGUUUGGUACCUGUUCAAAAAGCACUGGAUAGCUAAUAACCUGUUUGGCCUGGCGUUCGCCCUGAACGGGGUGGAGCUGCUCCACCUGAACAACGUCAGUACCGGCUGCAUCCUGCUGGGGGGGCUGUUCGUCUACGACGUGUUCUGGGUGUUUGGGACCAACGUCAUGGUAACGGUUGCCAAGUCCUUUGAAGCACCAAUCAAACUGGUGUUUCCUCAGGACUUGUUGGAGAAAGGACUUGAAGCGAGUAACUUCGCCAUGCUCGGGCUGGGCGACAUCGUCAUCCCCGGGAUCUUCAUCGCCCUGCUGCUGCGCUUCGACGUCAGUCUGAAGAAGAACAGCAGGACGUAUUUCUACUCCAGUUUCCUGGCCUACAUCUUCGGACUGGGCCUCACUAUCUUUGUCAUGCACACCUUCAAACACGCACAGCCCGCCCUCCUGUACCUGGUCCCGGCGUGCGUCGGCUUCCCCGUCAUCGUGGCGUUGUUCAAAGGAGAGCUUACAGAGAUGUUCAGGUACGAGGAGACUUCUCCUGAGGAGGAAGGAGCUAAAGAUGACUCAUCAGAGAAAAAGGACCAAUAGCAUCCAUCGCUGCCCCCCCUCCGCCCCCCUCCCCCAUCCAGCCUGCUGCCGCCACAUUUCACUGUAGCCCCGCCCCCUCCGCCUCUCCUGCUUCCUGUUUGUCACUGGGUGGGGGGGGCUGGGACUCGUGUAGCCAACGUCUUUGUCUCUGGUAACCAUGGGAACGGCCACUGGUUUCCGUGGUGAUGGCUGCCGUCGCCCACCGGAGGCGGUGUUUGUGAUGUUGCGUGUGUGAGGUCGUUUCAGACUCUCACAGGAAGUUCAGACGGUUAUCCCUCCAAAAUAAAACCAACCAUCCGCAGGCCGACGAGUUGAGCGUUCACGGAGUCGAGCGACACGUCUGAUGAUGUCACCGCGGCGCCGCCACGGCUCAUCGUCUGUCUGCGGCUCGCCAGCUCAGAUAAGCCAGGAAGGAGCGCUUGUUUUAUGCACGAACGCCGUGAAACAAGCGCUCCUCCUCACAGAGCUGCAUCUGUCGAGCUCGUACGGGGUGACUUCCUGUUCGCCGUCUCUCCGCCUUCUGCUUCCUCCGUCAGCGUUUCUGUUGAUUGGUUUAGUUUUUCUUGUAAGGCCAGAACUUCAAGCUGAGCCGCCUCCCGCUCCGCGUUCACACCUGAUGUCUACACAGGAAGUGACAGCGGUACAUUAAAGUUCAGAUUAAAGACAGAUGUAGAAACCAAAGGGACCAAACGUUUUCCACAAGCUCUGUCGCUCCUGGACCUGGACCUGGUCCUGGUCCUUCAGAGUCGACCUGAUGAUUAAUGCAGACAGACAGGUGAGCGUUCACCUGCCUGCUCCACCUGACUCAGUCUUAAAGUUCUGGCCUGUGAGGAGGAGGACACCUCCAGCCAACCUGUCCUCAUUCUCACGUCUUAUUGGUGGAACGGCUGGGAGGGGGGAGGGACCCUUCAGCCGUUCAUCCAAUGAGCUGUAAGAAUGAGCAGAGGAGGUGGGGCUUGUUUUUUUAAAGUGUUCUCAGACUGAUCAGCUGUUUCCUGUUUUUUGUUUUUAUCCACUGACAAAAGUUUAAAAAUAUGAACUUUGAGUGGACAGACAAAUGUCACGUGACAAACAAAGAUCAGAAUCAGGAUUUGUAGUAAAAGUUUAGUUUUAAAGAACCCUCCACACGUGUAUGACGAGUACACUGAGCUUGAGGUUUAAAAUUGGUGUGUGGCCCUUUAAAAGAGGUGUCAAAGUCAGAAUUUCAAAAUAAAAGUUUUUGUUUUUCUCAGAUAAAAAAAAAUAAAUUUCAGUUCAUCAUCAAAGCUUUUGAUUUUAUUUACUCUGGUUAUUAUUUGAAGAUAUUUUGGGAGGUUUUAAUUUAAAGUUUUUGAACACUUAAAACAGAAGCGUCCUCUGCCUGGUCGUGGUCGGCCUCCUCGUUAUUCUCUCUCGGUGUUCUUGAUGUUGAUGCUUUAUUAAGAGAUGCACAGUUUUUGUAUUUUGAUGUAAAAAAGAAAAAAAAAAAAAGAAAAAGUUUGUUGCUCAUCAGCUCAGUGACGUUCGUUCAGCAGCUCCUCUUCAUUUUAAAUAUAACGAAACCUUCAGUUUUUUCUCUGGUUGUGCACGAAGUCGUUUCACGGCUCCGACUGUAUCGAUUUUAUUUGCAAUAAAGUUUUUGGUGUUUUGAAUCACCAUGUAGAGACGCA